AAAGUAAAAAAAACAAAUGGAAAAUGGCGAAUGCGUCAAGGACAUUUUUGACGUUUGGAUUAUUUAGUUGUAAAUUCUAAAUAAAUUCCGCUUUCUACAAAACAAAUAUAAACCUAAUGAUAUCGUGUCACGAAAAUGCCUUAGAAAGAAAAUAAGCGCUGCAAUUGAUUUAAGCUCACGCAGAAAUGUCUAAUUGGAUUACAAGUGUUCUAUUUACAAGAACUCGAUGAAUUCGAUAUCUGCGUUAUAAAUAAUAUAUUAUAAGUGAAAAUACUUAUAGAAAUGCGGUGCAGCGUGCAAAACUGUAUCAACGAUACGAAACGAACAACCAAAAGCCAUGGGAUUACAUUUCACUUGUUUCCCAAAGAGGCAAAUCUCCGUAGUGCUUGGAUGGAGGCACUAGGCAUGUCAGACUGGGAGCCAAAGGACCGCAGCACAAUAUGCUCGGAGCACUUCCGGAAUGAUGACUUUUAUGAGACCAGAUGUGGGUUGCGGAAAAUCAAGAAUGGAGCUGUGCCUGUGUCUGCUCAGGAUUUGGCCAAUGAUCUGGACGCACCAGCUGCUUUAAGGGUGUGCAGGAUAUGCCUGGCAACGGACUGUAAGAUGUACAACAUACGCGAUCACAAGCUGGAGCAGGCCUUCACAGAAGUCAGCGGGAUGACAAUGAGCGAGGAAGACAAAUUGCCUCAGCGUCUCUGCUGGGAGUGCGGACAUCGACUGCUAACAGCUGCGCGGUUCCGGAGCAAAGUUCUUAGAGCACAUGAUCUCCUCACUGGCCUUCCUCACACCAGUCCAUAUAUCACAAUACGAGAUAUCCGCUCAAUAAACCGACGCCAAAACAAACUAAGAUCUCACCUGACAUACAAACACUCUGAUCCUAACGAUUAUCAUAUACACAUAAAUGAAGACGAAAUCACCGUUAAGUCAGAAAUAAAAGAUACUGAAGAUAUCGAAGAAAAAGUGCCGCCUAUAGCUGAAAUAGAACUAAUAAAAGAUGAAAAGAAUAACACAGAAUUAUUUUAUCAAGAAUUCGAUAAUUAUGAUGAUAAUUUUAAUGAUGCUAAUGAUAAUGAAUAUAAUAAUGAUGCAAGUUAUGUGGAUAAUGGAGUGAAUGAAGAUAGUGAUGAUAAAGUGUUGAGUGAAGUGUAUGUGAAAAAGAAACAGAAGGUGAAGAAAGUUAAAGUGAAGAAGAAGGAGAAGGUAGUGAGGAAAAAGGAGGAGGAGGAUAAUCCAGUGACUACUAUGGAUAAGUACAAAAACUCGGACGUGAAACGACGUAAGACAACCGACGGCCUCGACGAAUCCCUCUUCACGAUCACGACACUCAGCUACGACGAGCAAAUAGCAGAGAUACAGAAACGGCAGGAGAGCACUAACUACAAGAGCGCGCCGUACAAAUGUAGCGUGUGUUAUAGAGGUUUCCUUGUACGGGAUAGAUAUGAUGCUCACGUCGUGAGGCAUAGUGAGCAAUCCGGAGCGUACGAGUGCUUCAUAUGCAAGAGUCGGCUGAAGAGCGCUAGGGCGCUCCGAAAACACCUCACAGCGCAACACACAGAAAAAUUCAGCUGUAAGGGAUGUCCGUUUGUCACCAGAAACAGGGGCGUGGCGCGCGAGCACGAGAAGUGGCACGCCGGCACCAAGUACCAGUGCCCGCACUGUCCGAGCGAAUUCGAUAAACUGACAACAUACAUGGGCCACAUAAGAAUAAAGCACGUGUCGGACUUCGUGUGUGAGCUGUGCGGGUACACCUUUGUCAGUAAAAAGGGCAUCGACGUCCAUAAGAAGAAGAAACACCGGCUACAGGAUAAGACGGUGGAACUAGAAGGUCCGUACUGCGAGACGUGCGAAGUACGUUUCGUGUCAGAAGAGGCACACGCGCGACAUCUCAAGUUAUCGUCGCGACAUAGCAGUGAUAGCGAUCCCAAUCGCAUUCGGAACGACUCACAGAGCAUCAACGCGGAGAAGAACGGUCGAAUGGUCCGGAGAGUUGAAAGGAGACCCGUCAUACACGCGCAUGACGGAGAGAGGCAGGACACCGCCGGACCCGUCACUUGCGAACAGUGUGGCAUUCAACUACGUGACUUGAGACUGUACGCCCAACACUUCCGGCGCGCGCACCCGGACAAGAAUCGAACCAAGUACCCCGCGAUGAAAACGCCUUGUAUGUGUGAGCAGUGCGGACGCAUUUUCCAGAGUAUGGCCCUCCUAAAAGACCACAUGUGGGUGCACACCGGCGAGAAGCGUUUCAAGUGCGACCGGUGCGACAAGAGCUUCACCCAGAAGACGAACCUGGUGUUCCACAUGAGGGUCCACAGCGCCACGCGACCCAGCUACGAGUGUCCGCUAUGCGGGAAACACUUCGCCUUCUUCAAUAACCGGCGGAGGCAUAUGUUUAUCCACACCGGCCUAAAACCAUUCAAGUGCGAAACAUGCGGAAAAUGCUUCACCACCGCCGGCGAGCAGCGCGCGCACGUUGAACACGUGCACUUAAAAAAACCGUGGCCGAAACGGCAGAGGCAUAGGGAGGCAGAGCCCGCGCCGUGGCAGAAAUGUCUUGACCCUAUGGAAGACUAGAUUUUACUUAGAUAUAGGUAAAACAUGCCUUCAUUGGUAAAAAGCGGCUUUGGACUUAAAUAUCCUGGUCAGGGCACCAAAUUGUAAUUGCACCUUUUUUAUCCAAUGUUGUUGUGUACUAGCAAGUACGCUAAGUAACUUUGACUUCAGGCACUCAGUAAUACAAAAUCUCGCUUCGCUAUUUUCAUUCGCGCUAGCUGACUUAAAGAAAGACAUGACGUAAAAACAUACGACUGCGAAACUUGUGGAGGACUGAGCCAGCAUCUUAGCAAAUGUCUUGACCCUGUUUUGACCUGUUAGCUUUACAAAAUAUAAUUAUACUGAUUUGUAUUUACUAGACUUAAAUUUUAUGAUUGUUUAUUUUAAUAUAUAUUUAAUGGUUUCAGUUGUUUGAAUUCAUGCUAAGACCACAGGAUUUUAACUGAAAUGGUACCACGAUGGUAGCGAUUACCAUACAGACUGAAAAUUUGUAUUUGUACUCGUUUUACUGACUCUUAAUAUAUAAACUUCACUGUUUUGACAUUUUACGACGAAUUUAUCACGAAUUCGACGACUAUAAUUUGCUACUUUAUCACAAAUUUAUUUUAUUUUAUGAGUGCAGCAUGUGAAAUGUAAUAUGAAUAUUAGGGAUACGAAUAAUGGUGUAUGUAUUGUAAAUACUGAUUACAUAUAGUUUUAAAUAUGAAUUAUUUAAAUUAUUGAUCAUUAUGUCUUAAAUAGAAUCAUCACAUUUAUUUAGACUGUAAAAUUGAAAAUUUUGCUUUAAUAUUUUUACAAGACUAUGUAGCGUCAAACCGUCAUUUCCUUAUUUUAGAGUUUAAGUUUAGACUAAAUAAUAGACAAUUUUUGAGAAUAAAUAAUGCUGAUAUGUUAGCAUUUGUACCAAUGUCAGAUAAUAUUUGGCCCGACCGUUGCCUGUUUUAAUUUUUUUUCAUCAAUUAGCAAAAUGAUAUUGAUUGUGAAGUCUGGCGGCUGAUAAAGCGUGCGACUUUCAAUCCGGAGGUCGCGAGUUCAAACCCCGGCUCGUACCAAAGUCCUGCCCUGGGAAUCAAACUAUCUUAAUACCAAAUUUCAACGAAAUCGGUUCAGCGGUUUAAGAAUGAAGGGGAAUUUAAAAAAAUAAUUUAUUAGCAAUUUUGUUUUUACUUCGUAAUAGGGUCAAUGUGAUACCAUAAAUGAAUUCAGCAUUUCCCCCGAUUUAUACGAAAACGAUACCAAACACGGCCUACCAGCUUCACUGAUGUAAAUAUCAAGAUAAAAUUGAGAGCCUUAAAUAAACUUUCAAGAGCGGAUAUCUCAAAAAUUAUACAAGAUAUCGAAAAACUUGACUCAAUAAAACUUGUAACAAAUUUAAUCAACUUUCAUUUCGUAUAGUGGCCACGUCGCUUAGACAUAUAGCGUCCGAGUUUUUUUUUUAUAUUCUUAUAAUUGACCACCAGUGUGGCCUAGUGGGUACCCCGCCUAUGAAGCUGAUGGUCCCGGGUUCGAAUCCAGGUAUGGGUACCUAUUUGUGUGAUGAGCACGAAUAUGUUUUCCCGAGUCGUGGGUGUUUUCUACUUAUGUAUAUAAGUAUUUAUAAAUAUAUUUAUUACAUAUAUCAUUGUAUAAGUAGCCACAAUAAGGCUUAUUGAGCUUACUGUGGGACUUAGUCAAUUUGUGUAAUAAUGUCCUAUAAUAUUUAUUUAUUUAAUAUUAUAAUUACGUGCACUUAUGGAAUUUGAAUAAAGUUAAUUAGGAUACCUAAUUAGUACCCUAAAACGUAAAUAAAUAUUCAGAAAAGAGGUUUUAUAAUGGAUUUCAAAAAACCGGUUUUGGGAUAUGUUUUUCUGUUAAUAACCAGUUUUCAAUAGAGAAUAUUACGCGAAGUUUUGCGUAGGAGGCACCACUACCACAAUCCAUCACUAUAUGAGGGACUACCGCGAAAAAAUAAAAUCGAAAUUUCAUUAUCUAACUUCUCUAUCACCUGAUUUUCGAGUUUCCGGUAGGAUACCGGUAGGCCCUUUGUAAACGAACCGCCUUGAUGCAUCAAUGUCAUAUUUUAUUAUCUGUGAAAACUUGUCAAAAAACAGUUUAAGGCACAAUAUGUAUAAGUUACUCUAUGGUUCACGAAAGGUGCUAGUGCUGCACUCUGGUGGCAAAACAUUGCAGUAAUACUCCCUAUUUGCUCCGGUUUUCGCAUUCCCUAAUAGUCUGCCUCUACCAGUAUUACCAUCAGCUGUUAAAUACAAAGAAUACAUUUUUCUUAGGUUUUGCUACUCUUCUACAGUUAAUAACUUUGUUACCUAGUGAACAAAUUAAUAAAUAUCAUUAGGAUUUGUCGCCUAUUAGUCAUAAUAUUGUGUAGCAGCUAGAUGUAUGAAAUUGUGUAGUAUUUUAUAUAUCAACUCAAUACAAUACAUAAAUUAGUUA